AUGGAAGGAAAAGUUAACCCAAUGCAGAAAAUCAAAUUAGAGAAACUCUGCCUGAACAUCUGUACAGGAAAGAACGACGAGUCUCUGAACAAGGCUGCCAAAGUUUUGGAGCAGCUAUCAGGGCAGUCACCUGUAUUUAGCAAGGCCAAAAUCACUCUUAGAGCGUUCGGAAUCCGAAGAAACGAAAAGAUCGCAACGAAUGUGGUCAUUCGCGGAGAGAAGGCUAUGGAGGUGCUCAUCGCCGGCCUGCGUGUGAGGGAGUACGAGCUUCCAUACACGUGCUUCUCCAACACAGGAACCUUCGGAUUCGGAAUCCAGGAGCACAUCGACCUCGGAAUCAAGUACGACACCAACAUAGGUAUCUUUGGAAUGGACUUCAGCGUCGUCCUGGCAAAGCCUGGAAGAAGAGUCAGCCAGAGGAAGAAGUGCAGGGCAAAGGUCGGAAAAAAACAGAGAGUUACGAAGGAGGAGGCAAUUGACUGGUUUAGAAGCCAAUUCGACGGAACUGUAUUAGUAGAAAGGUCUGCUGAUAACCAAUAA